CAGAGAUAUUACAAAGCUAAAUGAAGAGAUGGUAGAAACUUCGAGAGAAAACCUUGCUGGAUCUAUAGAAGAACUUAAUAUCCAGAUCCAAGAUAAGCUAUCUGAAUCAUGGCUUAGGCCAAA